CAGUAUUGGGUUACAAGUGCCCGAAUGACUGACCUCCAACAGUGAGACAGACGUUCAUAAGAUUAGCUUUAAACUUAAAUGCAGAAUUGAGAUGAAUUGUACAAUAAUAUGAUCCCGGAUUUGCGUAUAUGUAAAGGUUGGACAUUAAUUUCGCCAAUAUUAGAGAAAACAUGGCCGUACAAGGGAACAGAGAAGGACAUAUACCUCCAUCCUCGGUAUUUCUAGCUUCAGAUGAAGACGUUCACAUUUUCUGUGAACCAUGUGACAGAGGAGGGCCAAGACUACCUGCUUACGGUUACUGUAAAGACUGCAAAGAACAUCUGUGCGAGUCGUGUUUCCACCAUCAUAAGAGAGCAACACUGUCUAGAUAUCAUACCCUCCUUGAUAAAGGCAACAUGCCACAAACUCAGCAGCGUCCAAUCACAUCUGUCAAUGCGGGACAUGCGGAUGUUUUUAUAGAACCAUGUGCAAGACACAAGGACGAAAUGAUCACGUUUUAUUGUCACGCCCAUAGAGCACUUCUCUGCAGAGAAUGUGUACCUUUAGAACAUACUGUUACCACUUGCAAAGUCGAUUACAUCCCUGACAUAUCAAGAGAGACAGUAAACAGUCAACAGUAUCAUGCCACUCUCCAAGAUAUAAAAACCGUUACUGAAAAUUGGAAAAAUAUAACUGAAGACACAAGGAAAAUGAUCGUGCAAUCCAACAAUUCUAUUAAAAAUGUGUUGGAAGAUAUAAAGAAGUUUAGAAAGGAAAUAAAUCAAAAGAUUGAUAAACUGGAAAAACAAGCUGUGGACGCUGUAAGUGACAUCAGUCAAAGCAACGACAAGAGUCUAAAGGCAAUAGAAACAAAUUAUGAGGAGGCAACUAAAUCUUUAAAAAUAGCAGCUGACUCCGUUGAUUUACUAAACACGUCAAGGCAGGCAGAGCGACUUUUCGUGGAAUUGGAAAAGGCCGAAAACUUAAUUAAACACCAGGAAGAUAAAAUUUCUCAAGUAUUUACAUCUGGAUACAUAAAAGAAUACAAAAUCGAACCAAACAAAGAUAUAUCUAGUUUACUUGACACCGAAAAUUUGCUUGGCACAUUAACGUGCAAUGCAUUACAUUAUUCCAGCACAUUACUAACUAAACCAACAUCACAUCUUGGAGGUACAUUGUCUUCCAAUUCCAAACAAACUCCAUAUCAUGAGGGAAUGUCUAUCAAACCAAAUCAACAGGCACAACAGGGAAAUGUUGCAAAACUGCCCAAACAACCGUCGUGUUCGAAAGACACGGCUGUGAAUUCUAGACAACCAGUGCAUCAUGGUGAAAUUUCUGUGAAGACAUCACAAGAUGUAGAAAGAUGCUGGAUAACAGGAAUGACAUUGCUUACUCCAGCUCGUCUUGUUGUAACUGACUAUCGUAACCGUUCUUUAAAACUGAUUGAUACUCUAACUCAAUCUGUGAAAGACCAAAUUAAGCUAAGCAGCGAGCCCUACAAUGUUAGUUUGGCUACCAGUAAUGAGCUUGCUGUUACCAUGCCAACCGAACAAACAAUCCAGUUUAUAUCAGCCUCCAUCAUAUCUCUCGCAAAAUUACACACGUUGAAGGUUGAUGGAAAAUGUAGAGGUAUCAGCUGUUACCAAGAUAAAAUAGUUGUUUCAUUUGACAAUCCUGGAAAACUACAAAUCCUUGAUAUAAAGGGCAAGAUACUUACAACAGUUAAAACUAGUUCUAGCGGCGCAGAUAUUUUUAAGAGGCCAAAUUAUAUCCAAACUAGCAGCAGUUUUAUUUAUGUAUCUGACAGUGGAAAUAAAGCAGUUAUAAUGUUAGACUGGCAGGGUCAGGUGACUUGCCAGUACACUGACAUAUCUCGUCCGGAAGGACUCGCUGUACAUCCGGAUGGAUCUCUCUAUGCUUGUGGUAUAAAUGCGAUACACCUAAUGUCAGAAGAUGGCACCCAUGGAAAGACCGUGUUAAAGGUUUUGACGGGGCCUUUAGCUGUCUGUUGGUGCAACAAAGAAAAUAAAUUGUACCACAGUAGUUCUACUGGGGAAGACAAGCAUGACAAUUUUAUCCAGGUGUUUAGAAUGUGAGAAUAUGAACAUAGCGGAUUCUCUCUGUCCUUUGUUCAUGCAUCAAAGUGAUCAAUUGCGUUUUGACGUAUUUUGAGGAAUAAACAUUUAGUGACAACUAACGUAUGCGUAAACUAAAUUUGUCAAAAAAAAACGGUAUCUACGACACAUCUGUACGUCAAACUUUUUAUAGCAUUGCCGAUAUGUAGCAGUAUCUCGCAUACAAACUUAAAAUUUUGCACAUAUAUUAGGUGCAAUAUUAUAUCAUUAUUAUUUAGAUAUAAUACAUUACUGAAGUACCAUUUCUAGUGUUUAGCUCGACUAUUCGAAGACGCUAUUGUACUAACCUCCCUAGUUUGACAUCUUCUCGACUUUCUGUUUGUAAGCUGGUAUCUCAGUAACCACUAGUGGGAAUGGAUUGAAACUUUGUAACUUUGAACCUUUGUUUGUAGCAAGGCUUUUGACUAGUUCAGUCUUGCUGUGCGCAGCUCUUGUUUUAUUAGCUAUGAUAAAAGUUAAUGUAUAACCGAAUCACCCCUCAUAUAAGGUACGCUAGCCUGAUCUAAGUAUCUUCGGUUACAAUUAAAUGGUUUUUAAAAAGUUUAAAACUUCCACUACGACAGUGUUGAGGGAGUAUCACCAGAAAAAAAUGGAUUUAUUAUUGUGUGAGGAUUAUAUUUUAGACAAAUUGUGAGAAUCAUUUAGAAAGUGUUCUUGAGUAUUAGUGUUCAAGCAAUGUUUUCAAUUUUGUAGACCUGUAUUAAAUGCCAUGAUCAGUUAAUAUUUGACUAGGUGCUUAUCAUAUACUUCAGAAGUUUGUUUAAAGUACUCUAAUGUUGCCUUUUGUAAAAUACUUUGAGUAAAUAUAUUUGUUAUUGUUUAAAGUU